AACAACAGGCGAAGAACAUCUCUUCCCUUGAAGCCUUACUAUUUUGUGUUGAUCCUCUUCAUUUGGACAUGUGAGAUGUGCUUGGUCCCGAGAUGGCUCGCCUGACGCCGCGGCGGGAGGUACGAGCCUCGGCCCCCUGAGAGCUCCCGCCCCGCGAGCAAAUGCCUGGAAAAGUCCCGCUGCGCAGAGCGGCACCGCAGCUCUCCUGAACGGCGGGCAGCAGCACCUCGCAGAUCCGCUCCCUGAGCUCCAGCACUCCGGCAGCCUGUCCUGCCCCACGAAUGGCUGCGCAGAGGAAGCACUUGGUGAAAGAUUUCAAUCCACAUAUCACCUGUUACAUCUGCAAAGGCUAUCUCAUCAAGCCCACCACAGUCACGGAGUGCCUCCACACCUUUUGUAAGACUUGCAUUGUUCAGCACUUCGAAGACAGCAAUGACUGUCCCAGGUGUGGCAACCAAGUGCACGAGACCAACCCACUAGAAAUGUUAAGGCUGGAUAACACCUUAGAGGAAAUUAUAUUUAAGCUGGUGCCUGGACUUCGAGAGCAGGAACUGCAGCGAGAGAUUGAGUUUUGGAAGAAAAAUAAACCUCAAGAAAAUGGGCAAGAUGAAAGCCCCAAAACUGAUAAACCCAAAGUAGAUGAGGAGUGUGAUGAAAAUGAAGAAGAUAAGGACUAUCACAGGAGUGACCCACAGAUUGCCAUCUGCCUCGAUUGUUUACGUAACAAUGGGCAGUCAGGAGAUAAUGUAGUAAAAGGUUUAAUGAAGAAAUUUAUCCGCUGCUCUACUCGAGUGACCGUGGGAACUAUCAAAAAGUUUCUGAGCUUAAAAUUAAAACUUCCGAGUUCUUAUGAGCUGGAUGUACUAUGCAACGGAGAAAUCAUGGGAAAGGAUCAUACUAUGGAAUUCAUCUAUAUGACAAGAUGGAGACUAAGAGGCGAAAACUUUCGGUGUCAGAACUGCUCAUCUUCGCAAGUCUGCUCACAGGAUGGCACUUUUUAUCAGUCUUACCCUAUGGUACUUCAGUAUCGACCUAGAAUUGACUUCGGUUAGACCAAAGGGCCAAAUCCCAUUGUGAUGAAUCCUGCACUAUUUGUUUACCCAUCGACAGAUUGCACAAUGAAUGGAUGUGCCUGGAUUAGGGGGACACAACCAGAUUUUCAGCAUGCAAAUAAGGACAUUGUCUUUCUUAAAAUUGUCAAUUGCAUCUUUGUUGUUUCUAUUGGAGCAAGCCAAGUGCCAUUCUGCUACUGAAAUGUGCAUAAGAUAUUUGUGAAUUUUACAAGUGUGCUGCAAGUCAUAGCCAAAAUCAUGAAGUGUACAGUCAAGACUCAAAAACUCUGGAAUAUUUUUGCUUGCGUGUUAGAAAACUUUUCUGGUCCUCAUAUUGAUCACACUAGCAAAAUGGCAGAGUGCUCAUUCCAUGUGGUGUUGCAGUUUCACACGCUUACUAUUUUACUGAAUAUUGUUGUUUAAAUCAUAGAGUACUGUACAAAUAGCUAAGGAUCAUACCUUGAAAAUAUUUUGUAUAGAAAAUAUAUUUAGAGAAGUGGUGGUUGGGCCACAACCUUUUUCUUGAUAAGCUUCUCAUGGGUCCAGGUAUAGCUCACUCAUGAGUGUGCAAUGGUCCUUUUGCAGUGUACCCUUAACUAGAGUGUAGAUUGUGAUAAUUCGAAAAAGGAAUUUUAAAUUGUCUCAGUAGAUUCUACCAAUAUUGCUUGAAAGCAAUGCAGCCUUCGUGAUUGCACUUUUUUUAUGGCUACCCUAAAGGUUGGAAUUUGAGAUACAGAUUUUUUUUGGAAAAUGCCUUCUAGUCAGAUAACGUUUCUUCUAAUAAAACCUUUAUAGAAAUGAAGUUAAAAUAAUCUGUCUAUGAGAUGAGUUUCAUUGUAAGGUUACAGUCAAGGCAGAAUCUACACGUAGUUACUGCAUUUUGUGGUAAGUGCUUCCUUUUAAGAUUGGGUAAAGGUUUAUAAUAAGCUUAAGAAAAAAAAUAACUUACAGCUUUAGUUAUGCUGUCUAUCUCUCUUGAGAGUAUCUGGAGCACGGAAUUCAUUGUAGAAAUCUUUAACUUAAAGUUUUAACUUUAACUUUAACUUAAAGUCUCAUCAUAUAAUUAUUUCCGUAAAAUUAGAGGCAAUGCAAUACUGAAGAUAAGCAGUCUGACCAAAAUAACUCUUCGGGUCGUUGUUUUUUCCUGAGACCUGAUAGUGCUGGAUAAAAGAGUGAUUGUUGCCUUAGGUACUGCAAGUGUAAUGGUUCUGGUAUAGAAUGUUUAUUGAGGUUUCUGGUAAUGUUGCAGGGAGCAUAGUAAUACGCAUGUUUUCUGUAGUCUUCCGUUGUCUUGCUCUGCUUAUAAGUCAAAUGAGUUUUUUACUUCAAAAUCUGUGGAGAUAACUGUAGUUCAGUACCUUUAUAGAAUUCCUUUUUAGUGCACACCUGCUAGCAUUCUAGAUAGCUAUUUAUGUCCUUAAGCCUUCCGCAUACAACAGAAAAGGAACCAAAUUAGCUUUUUAGAAACUACUCUAAUCAUACUUGGAUAGGACAAAGUUAAAAUUCCAUCUUGACUACCAUGGGAUCAAGUAUAGAAGGUGGAAACAAGGCUGUAACUUCUUUGUAAAUGUGUAUUCACGUACAUUAUGAUGUUUCUGUAGGAGAAACGCGCAUGUUGUGGAUUAAAUCUGGCCCCUUUAAUGCUUGCAGGAGUUGUAACAUUGAUGACUUGAAGAAUCCAUAUAUCGUUGGGUUAAGUCCUGCCACUGCACUCCGAAGCCCAUACGACAUGCCAAAAUAGCAAUGCUUCAGUAGCAGUCUGUUUAGGAAACCUGCCAUUGCAGGUCAAGGUUGCACAUAUUGUGCAGAUGCCAGUGAACCUGGGGAAGCAAGGUGUUAAGGAAGCUGCUGCUCCUUUCUGCAGGCGUAACGUGCCGACUGGUGUAGGCACUCUUUUGCCCACGCUGCAAUGGGAACAGGUGCACCUGCGGGCUGCAGGAAGCGGUCAUCUUUUUGCCCACCUGAGCUGUGAUGUGCUGCUUCACAGGAACAGCCACACGCUCCGUGCUGGGAUGGCCCUGCUCAUCCGUGUACGUGGAGCAGCUUGUCAGAUCAAAGCAUUCAUUCUAAGUGCAAGUCAUCGCUAUCUUUGUUAUAUACAAUUGUUUUAUAUGGUAGAAAUAGGUAUUAUUUGUAAAUAUUGACAUGCACAUGCAAAUGACACCUUACAAUUUUUAUAUAUUUCAUGUGAUUUUAUACCAGAAUCUUCACUGUAGAUUCACUUAACAUAAAAUGCCUGUUUCGUUCUAUCACAAAACUAGCAGUAGGACUCUUAAGCAUAAUUUCUGCUUGAUUCAGGGGACCCUUUUUUCUCAACUCUUGCUGGUUUGGCAAAUUUGAACAGAUUUGGUGAGGAAAAAAAAAAACGUAUUAAUUUUAUUCCAUUUUUUAGUUACCUUAAAUGGAAGUUUACAUCCAGCUAACGGGACCCUUGAAAUUAGACUACUAGUAGUGGCUUUUAAAUGACAUCCCAAUGGAAAAUGUGACUGUCUGAUGACUUUAUGUCGUCACAGUUCAGAGAACCAUGAGUUUGUCUUGAUCAGAAUUGAUUCUGGUAAUUCAUGGUAUUUUCUUGAUGAAACUUCAAGCUAGGUUACAGAAGGCAAAUCAUCAUGGAAAUUACAGACAUACAUGAUUCAAUGUUCCCAGCUGAGAAUUAUGCCCUUAAAACGCUUCUAAACUUGUAUAAUCUAGACAACUACCUACAAUUAAUGCAUUUCUGAUUUGAUGGCAAAGCUCCUGAGUGCUUUUCUAGUUCAAUAGAUUUUGUAGCAGCAAAGUACCAGUGAAAUACGUAUCUUAACUGGGCAGCUUGUAUAAUGCAGGCAUUGCCUUUCUUACAGGAAAUGUCUCUUCUAUAUAGUAUGUAUGUGCCAUGGAUCUACAUAUAGGCAUAUCUGAUUCCUUUGUGCCAAUUAAAGAUAUCUGAACAGCAUAGGUCUUCAAGAAUGCACGUACUGAUUCCUGUGUGCCAAAGAUGGAGUAAGUGGAAUGAGUACUAAGCGUUCCAUUAAAACUACAACAUAUUCAGUCACUGAGCAGAUUACUGCAUACAGUCACACUUGCUGAACAUUUCCAUGACAAAGUCUCAUCUCUGCAUGUUUGUAAAGAAGUGUUGCUGCAACUGUUUGUUCUGUGACUUUUCCAUACUGCCAGAACAUAGCUGCAGAGGAAUAAGACCUAAAAAAAAAAAAAAAUCCACACUACUGCCUAACCUUGCUAUCUCUCAUUUAGCACAUUUGGUGCUUUUUUUUUUCUCUGAAAGUGGAAAAAAAUUAUCUGCUUUUCACUCUGGGGUAAUGAAAGUUUUAAGCAGCUUUUCGGUGGGCAUUGCUGUAUGCUGCAUUUGUCCAGCACCAAACUGUAAGCUGGAAUUUACAGGUGAGGUCCUAUAAAAUCUCAAACAGUAGGGAAUUCGAUAAUCAAGAAAUGGAUCUUCCAUUGUGCAUUACUACGCUGCGCAUAGCUGAGAGCCUAGUGCUAUAAAAGACAUUGUUAUUUGGAUGAAAUGCCAAAUAAGAUUGCUAUAAUAUUCUAAAGUGACUCGUCACUUCAGUAGUUACUGCUCACGAGUGCUUCUGGAAUUUGGGUCCUAGCAGUAUGCAGCAUGAUAGUAUAUUGUGCAUACUCAGCUAGCUUGCAGCUAUUAUGCAAAAGAAGUUCUUAAAAGUAUUAUUUUGACUUUACUGAAAAUAUUAUAUAAAGUGCCUGAUGAUUAAUACAGAAUAUCUUUUAAACCCAUUAUUUGUAUUUGGCAGGGUAAUAUUUGCUUCUGUAUCUUAUCAAUGGUCUUAAUAUUUUCUGCAAGAAUAUUUCAUGAUCAUUCUGUAUUGAGAAGCCUUCUUUCACGUGAAACAAGCAGAAAAAUAAAUGUGUUUUUUUUCUCAAUUACAAAUUGUCUAUCUCAGUAGAAACUAUGUGAAAAGAAUACUUUCAUAUUGAAAUUAUUUCAUUUUCUCUAUGAGGUGACCUUGAAUUCUGAAUCUUUUUUUUCUCCUAGGCUCCAAAGAUCUGACUCUACUUUUCUCUUCUGCAGUUAUCAAAAGCAGUUCCAGUGUAUCUAUAGGAGGAAAGAGAUUGAUCACAUUCCCUUUAGGCAUAAGCUAGACUCUUCUCCACUGUGGACAAAGCGGUGGUCCAGAGUUUCCAUCUCUUCCCUUCUGUGUGCAAUUGUUAAGCAUGACUUUGUUAGAGAAGAAUUUUUCUUUCUCUGCUGCUUUCUGAAAUAACAAAAUGUGCCAGUGUUUGUAGUCCUUUCACUGAACCAGUCGCUGAAUUGUGUUGUUCCUUUCCUUUGCAAGAGAAGGAAUAGCCUCCAGCUCUGCCAGGUACUAUGUCUGAUAGAAAUUCUGCAGAACAGGUAAUUGUUCAAAACCAGUCUUACAUAGCAAAACAAACAGGCUGAGGGGCUACAUAAAUUACCAGUCAAGUACAUAGAAUAAUCAUACUCAUCUGUAUUUGCUUUGAAGAGAUAAGAAUUAAAUAUGUUCAAGGAAGUGAAUUGUUAAAGAGGAAUAAUGUGAUAAUUCAUCUGCCCUUGCAGAGGGACAUUCACGUAGGUACAGCCCCUACUAAUGUGGAAGAACAUGUGGAAUGUCCUUCCACAGUUACAUCCUGCAAGUCUUCUGGUCUUCCCGUGUAAGAAUCAUUUAAUAGGUAAGACUGAACAGGAUGGAGAUUCUCAUAAAAACCUGGGACUUUCUUUUAAAAGAGUUUGCGGAGGAAAGCAAAGCAAAGCAAUCCUAGACUAUGUGACAGAGACCUCCUUUUGCUGUACAGAUACCAAAAUGCUAAUUGUUAGGAUAGAAACUUCACGGGCACGCUUUAAUCAGGUCCCAAAAAGCCUCAGAGCAUCCAUUUCCUAGCUCUGAGAAACAGUAGGUGACCCUCUGGAACUCUACUGCAUUGUCUUAGACCAAGGUAGAAUCAGGUGCCACCAUGACAUUAGAAAGCUAGUGCUUAAUACCAAAGAAAUUCAUGUUUUCUUUUGGGAUUAAGUUAGUCUCUGCUGGAUUUCGGUGAGGUUUUCACAGUUUUGAAUCCUUUGUAGCCAGUUUGAACAAGGUAAUGCUUCCCCAAGCUGUUCAGCUAGAGACACCUGUUUGAGGAAGGAUUGCCAUCUACUGGAGCAUGUUCCAGUAUGGAUUCCAAGAUACGGGGUUUGAUCCAUGCUAAAGGAAAUGUGAAAAGCUUCCACCUGCUCUCUUACCACCACUUGUAUGACAUAUGGGAAAUCUGGUCUUCAGACCUCAGUUGAAGCAUCCUUUCGUAGGAGUGUUCCCCCAGAUGAUUAUCUUAUAAUGGUAGUCAUUUUUCCUCAUGAGCAGAUCUACCUGUUGGUUUUUGUUUUUGUUUUUUCCACUACUAUGCUGUCUGUAGAUCAGGUAAAAACAGCAGAUUCCAGAAUAGGCAGUUUAAGGGAUUUCUAAUGGGAAUCCUUCCACCCCAGGUAUGUGCCAUAAAUCUCCUGAAUUCAGGUAGCUUGCUAAUGCAGAUGUGUAAGGAUGUUGUUUCAUUCUCAUGUAAGAGAUGUAGAUCUGUGCAGUGGUGGGGUGUGGCAGUGGAAUGGAAGAGCUCUGUAGGCUGGUGGAAGGGUCCUGGCUACCUGUUGUACUUGUAGGGAACCAGAACCUCCUUCUGUAGGCUCAGGAAGGAGGAGGCGUUCUAGAAUGAAAUACAUCUGUAAGUGUAUUCUUCUGUAGUUGCAUUAAUUUUAACCAAAGAGAGGCACUGAUUGGAAUUUGCAUGUUUAUCUGAACCAUUAGGCGUAUUUUUCUUUGAAGUAAGUUUUACAUGUAUUUUUAGCAAAUACUUCGGACAGGGUUACUAAUGUGACAGUUAAUGGGGUGAGAUGGACAGAAGCAGUUACUGUGCAUUUUUCAUAAGAGUGAGUGGAAGGCAGUUGCUGUAUGAUAAAAUUGCUGCAACAGUAACGCAUUUGUGCUGCUAGUUAACAUGCUGAGGUUCGUGUUACAAAUGAAGUUGUAAUAAAGAUGUUUAUUAUCAAAGUGCAAGGCACAUAUUUUCUGAUGGUAUUCUACUCCUAAAAUUGUGUUUUGUAUUAUAGCAUAUUGAGUAAAUAGACGUUCUUGCUGUUGUCUCAUGAAUUUUGAUGCGGUAAAAUGAAACGUGCUCCCUUCUUACUGAGAAUAUAACGUACUGAUUGAUUUAAAAUUAUUCUUUGCUGUCAGUUACUUAGUUUGUUCAUUUAAAAAAAAUUAAAAGAGAAACAAACUAUUUUUAUGGGUAAUCUGAUUGCCUAGUAGUUUCAAGGGCCUUACUUAACACCAAAGGUAAGCCACCCAGAAACUGGAGGGAAUGAGACAGUGCCAUGUUCCUGCAGGGCAGUGGCAAGGGUUGUCCCUGGAGCUGGCAGAGCUGAGCUCCCAUGCUGGGGCUGUCUCACGCCCAGCACUCCCAAAAGAAAGCAGGCAGUACAAGCAGGACUAGUGUACAGGUUAAGUUGAUGCACUGAGAGCCGCUCUAUGGGUAUAGCUAAUGUUGAAAAAGAGGAGUGCAAAGGCUUGCAUUACUGAUGUGUCAGCUAUACCUGGCCUGUGAGCUAACAAAAUACUUUGGCGUGCUGUCGGUCCUCUGAACCUUCCGAAGCACAAAAUAUUCACCAGGCUACUUUGGGGUUUUCUAGUUGUAGUUCAGUGAUAUUUUGGAGGGUGGGAAGGACAGACUCAGAGGGUAAUGAGAAGAUACUAAGGUGGUUCUUCAGAUUUUUAUACAUAUUUUUUUAGCAAACGGCAUUGCUGGACUCAGCGUGAGACCUUUGGUUAGCAAGAAUUCAGUUAUUUUAUUUGUGCAGAGCAAAAUAGAAUAAAGAAAUCUAAAUACCUUAAUUUUCUUUUCCAGGAUAGUGAUUAGCUAAACUGGAAAGUAACAGGGUGAUUUAAUUAUUUAGCUGCCUCUGAAAUAUUUUGAUGGAAAUACUUACUGACGGUCACUUUUUCUCAAAUAGAAACUUAUUAGAGUGAGCAUGAAGCAACGUCUCAUUCUUUUCCCCUUACUGCAGACUUAAAUAUUGAGAGGAAAAAGCUUUUUUUUCUUCUUUUUUUUUUUUUUAAUUAAUGCAGAGCCGGAAUGGUUGGAUGUUCCAGGCUGCUGAAUAGAGUUGGUCUCAAUGGAAUUUUUUUGGGAUGGGGGCCUAAGUGUCCUUAUAUAAGCUGUGAUCCAAGUUAUGAUAAGAAAGGAGCCUAUGGUGAGCAGUAACGGUGUUCUUAUGCUUCCUUGCAUUUGAUCAGUAGCUAUCAGUUUUUAAUGUUACAGCCCUCACAGUACUUAGGAGCUCAUAGAACAUAUUGUGAUGUUAUGUUGCUGAUUUGUUUUAAAAUAUAAAAUGUUUUAAGCUUUUUGUCAAAAGUGGUAACAUCAUAUUACAAAUAAACCUUUUUGUGGUUGUAAAACUUAGCUUAUAAAUCAUUCAAAUUGAAGUGAAAAAACACAGGUCAUUGUUAAUGACAGUCUAUCCUACUAUUAAAAAUAUAUAUGUAUUUUUGUAAAGGAAAAGCACUUGUAGAUAUUUAAUCAGUCCAAUAUCUAUCUAUGUUAACGUUUUGAAAAAAAAAUACAAAAUGCUGCUUAGAGAUCACUUAUAUAUGUUUUAUUUUUUGUGCUCAGAUGCAUUUUCUGUUGAUUUAUGGAAUGUUUAUUCUGUGUGAAGCUGUAUAGUUAGUACAGCUGGGCUAAAUGCAUUUCUUACCUUAAUGGAAUGAAGUGUGUCUGACUGUGCCAUUACAGAUUCUGUCCGAUCAGAAACCCGAAUGCAAAACAUAGGUUGGUGGUGCUGUUCUUCAUCUUUGAUAUUAGCUUCAUCCUGCCAUAUAUCAUUACUACUUAUAAUGAUUAUAAAAAUGCUAACAAUUUUUAUGGUGUUUCUGUUUUAAUGGAUGUUUUUAGGGCAUAUUUGGUUAUUCAUUAGCAUUUUUUCAAACCUAUAAAGAUGUAUAUGUAAAUGUAAAUAUAUUUACAGAUGGUAUUUAAAGUACAGUUCCCCCAGACAAUAAAACAUACCCAAUUAGUCAAGUUUAGUAACUUUCCUCUGAAGGAAACUACGGCCAGGUGCAUGCAUGGAAUAUGAUUGCGUCAUAACGUUUCUGAGCACUUGCACAAAUAGUACUUUUUAAAAAUUCAGAAUAAUGAAUUUCUUGUAACAUUGUAAGGAUCAUCAAAACUUUAUCCUUACCUGUUUUAAUUCUGUAUAGUGGAUUUAAUCUAUUUUGACUCUACACAGGAGAUUUACAUAGUUUAGAAAAAACAAAAGGUAAACCAAGGAAUUUUAUUAAAGUACUAGUAGAGAGCAAUGAGCAUAUUGGUUUGCUAUUUGAGCAGAGUCCACAUCUGUUUAAUUUUAGUGGGAUUCUCCAGGGUCUUCCCAGUGGUGGAAAUCGUCAGUGGAGUUACUUUGUUUACCCAUCAUUGUAGCUAAGACUUGAAAUGGCCCAGAGGUCCCACUUCCUCGCUGAGUUUCCUUUCAUUGGUGCCUUGUUCAGCGUCUAAUAUUGUAGAUCUGAUAGUCUACGCUAGCAGUAGAUUCAGUGUUAUAAACUCAGUUGAGUAAAUACUUGCAGAAUUGUGAAAUAAGCAGAGAAUUUCAUUCAGACAACAAACAUUGGUCAUGCCACCAUCUCAUUAACAUGCAUGCUUCACGAAGACCUGUCAGUGAUCAGCUUCUAAGGUGUUUUGCCAUUUGAAUAUUGUGUGUUUUAUCGUUAUGAAUUUAUAUAUGAAUUCACUGGGAGUUAACAUCUCAGGUUCCACAAAGUAGCAUUUAAAAUCUUAAAUCCACGCGAGCUAUGAAUGCAAUACAAGUGUUGCAAUCUUUGUCUCUUAAAGAGCUAAAUAGGUUGGUCCAAAGGAUUUUAGAGCGCUGUAAAGUUCACCCAGUGAUAUUUAAUUCACCAAAUGAAUAUUCUUUGCAUCUGCACUAAAAUCAUCAGAAACUGAAUGGUGGCCAUGGAGAAAGGAAAGAGAAGGCUCUAACUGAGCUAGCAGUAGUGAGCAGUUUUACAGUGUGGUAAAGGGAGCGCCGGCGCUAAGUUCCAUCUUGGUUACGUGCCACGGUUCUGCCUCUUGGUGCAGAGUGACGUGUGCCUGUUUGAAGAUGCAUCUCCACGUGUGUUAACAAGGUUUAUUUCAGAGCGGUAGCUUGUGCAGACUGUGUAAAUGGACCUUUUGGAAUCUUGUGUAUUAAACAUAUUUGAUCUAUAAUAUUUCUAAUGAUAUACCUACCGAUAAGGUUCAGUUCCAGUGAUGUUAGAUUGAGUGCUUCGUGCUAAUGUCAAGAAUGUUCACAGCACCCUUGUCACUGCUGAUAACAAAUUACAGUUUGGUAUGGUGCAUGUGCUGCAAGAUGCCUCUAGCCCAGCUGGAUUAAUUUUAUGAAAAAUCUAGAUGAGCAAGAAGUAUAACUAAUCUGCUUACUAGCACUGAAUUGCUCCUUUCUCAAAGCAAUAAAUAUAUUCAUGUUGUGACAUCUGUUGUGCAGCCUACAAUAAGAGUUGUUUCGUUGCAUUGUUUCUAUAUAAUUUAUUUUGUGCAAUAAAAAAUAUCUGGUUUUAUCUGA